AUGAAAUUCCUCAAACUUUUCUUUAUGUUGGCUAUGGUAAUGGCCUUGGAGGCCAUUACUCUAUCCACCAGCAUUAGCGAAAAUUCUGAUCAUCGUCGUCUGGCAGAUAGCCAAAUGCCGACCUCGUUUGGAGGAGCAGGUGGGUUUCGUCCUUUCUUCACAUGCGACAAACGCCCUGAAAUUUGCAGCAUCAAGGGCCAGUUUUGCUGCAACAGAAGAUGCGUAGACCUCAAGACAGACCAAUACAACUGUGGGAGGUGUGGCAGGACAUGUAACUACUCCAAGAUUUGCUGUGAAGGGAAGUGCGUGAGCCCGUUAUCCAACGAGAAGCACUGUGGAGGAUGCAACAAUAAUUGUGGUAAAGGAAGCUCAUGUCUAUAUGGUAUGUGCAGUUAUGCAUAA